AUGCCACGCGCCUCCAUACGCUCCUCCCUUCCCCGAGGCCAGGCCGCCAUCAACACUUUUGCAAGAGCCACCAAACCCGGCAUUGCCCCGUCUAAAUCGGUCCUAGAUGGAAAGAGCAAACAGCCAGACUCGGAUCUCUCAGUGUCGCCUUCCAAGAAACGGAAAUUGAAUGAACUGGAGAACGUUGACUGUGGAAGCCCCUGUGGAGGAAAGGAAACGACCACCAGCCAGGCCGGAACCCUUACACCGUCAAAAUCUCUCCGGCUGAGUAAAUUGUCUGUAUCAACGCCAAGGAGUGGACAUUAUGCAUCCCCCACGCGCAAUGACUGGGGUGCUCUCACUGAUGAAAAGUCUGCAACCCCUACGUCACCCUCAAAGCGGUCUGUAGCCAGGGACAGUAACCCGCAGCAUUGCAGGGUCCUGGAGGUGCGUUCGGCUUGUGUGGAGGAAUUAUUGAAUCUGCAUAUGGCGUUCGUGAAGGCGUUGACACUCCAUGCUGCGCAUCACGGGAUAGUGGCCCCCGCCGAACUGCACGAGUUUCUUCACAGCAUCGAACGACUAUGGAAGAAGCGCAAAGUCGUGGCGAAGGAUCUACAGCGGCUCAUUUGGAUCUGGGAACAAGUGGCCCAGUCGACUACCUCAGCCCCUAGGUUUCGGCUUGCCAAUUACGGCCUAGGGAGAGUGUGUCUGGAGAGAAUGGACCGGACACAACAAGUAAACCCGGUCAACGAGAAUGAACUGCAUGACCAAUUCGAGCAGACCGUCGAAUUGCUGUGGGAGAAGGCGCUAGAUGCAGUGGGGGGCGACGAGAACCGUGUGGACUUCAUUGCAACAUUGGGCGUUUCCUCGAUCCAUGAAUCGCUAACGCCAUUCACGACAUUUCGAAAAGGUCAGCAGCGGCUUCAGGAUUUAAAAGGUGGAGUUAUUAAGUUGAAGACGGAGAGGCUGCGUUCCACGAACACGCAGGAGGCUGAGGGACAGGUGAAAACCCCGGAGGCGACCAAUGCUCGUCGCAUGGGACUCUUGGACCGAAUCCGAGACAAGGCGCUGCGGCAGUCCAAAUUGCCGCCGCCUCCGUCAAAAGAGAUGAUAUUGCGUGGAGCUGCUGCGCAACGCGCUGAGGAAGUCGCUGGCGUGCUGGCCUGCCUGCGACCGGCUGGUUAUGUGGGCAGCGGUCCGAAGGCGACGGUGGCUGCGCAAAGAAAGCCGUUCCGGCUGGAGAUGAUCGUACAGAAUGUGCAGGAUUCUAUGCGGAAUCCGAUCUCAGACAGGGAGGUGGAAAUAUGUUUAGAAAUCUUAUCUCAGACCGACAUUGCUGGUCAAUGGGUCAAUCUCGUCACUGUGAAUCAGAUCAAGUCGGUGGUCUUAAAAUCUUGCGCCGAUGUCAACCUCAAAGACAUCGGCACCAAGGUGUCUCAAUUGAACCUUGAACCGAAGGAAAACUUAACACUGUGA